AUGCCUCCACCACGCGAAGAUGACGAGGAACGACCUCUCCUUCGUCCCGAUGGAGACGUCGACAGCGCCAGCCAAUGCAGUCACGAUGAGCCCCGCCAGAUCCAGUUUGGGGAAGACGACGAAGAGAACCCAAAGGCCUGGAACGGCCGCAAGAAGCUCAUCAACGUGGGCAUCAUCUCGCUGAUGGCUAUCCUGAGCCCCUUGGCCUCUUCCAUGUUCACCCCCGGCAUCACCCAGAUCGCCGAGGAUUUGGACACCAAUGAGCAGAGCGUCAUCGCCACGACCACGGGGUUUGUCAUCACCUUGGGCCUGGGACCCUUGGUCUGGGCACCCUUGUCCGAGGAUUUUGGACGCCGGGCGCUGUAUAUCGCUUGUUUUGCCGUCUUCACGGUUCUCCAGGCCGCGUCGGCGUUGAGUCCGAAUAUCCAGACGCUGAUUGCCAUGAGGACGGUUUCGGGCUUCUUUGGUAGUGUCGGGAUAGCCAAUGGAGGCGGAACGAUUUCGGACAUGUACGAUCCGUCUGAACGGGCGGGUACCUUUGGAUGGUACCUCCUUGGGCCUCUUUUAGGACCGACACUUGGGCCAUUGUUUGGAGGUGUCAUCGUCAGUCGCUUGGGGUGGAGAUGGAUAUACUGGUUUCUCACAAUUGUCUGUGCCAUCAAUACAGCAAUCGGCUACUUCUUCCUCAAGGAGACUUAUGCCCCGGUCCUUCUAGGUCGCCGCAAAGCCGAGCUUGCCCAAGAAGAGUCCCAAGGUCUGGGGAAGAAGACGAGAUACUACUUCGACGGCGAAGACGAGAGACCACUCUCCAAAAAGCUCCUGGCGAGCAUGAAACGGCCCUUCGUCAUCUUUGUCCAGCCAAUUGUGCUGAUCAUGAGUAUGUAUCAAGCUCUGAUCUUUGGCACCACGUACAGUAUCUACACAAAUAUGCAGAGCAUCUACUCUGAACCGCCCUACAACUUCAACUCGGAGCAAAUUGGCCUCUUAUACCUGGGACCAGGACUGGGGUUUCUGACCUCGGUCCGAUUCCUCGUACCACGCAUCGAUACGGUCUUCAACAGACUGACGGAGAAGCAUGGCGGCAAGGCGCUCCCUGAGUACCGCUUACCUCUCGCCAACGUGGGCAGCGUCCUGAUCCCAGUGAGUCUCUUCUGGUUCGCGUGGACCGUCCAGUUCCGCGUCCAUUGGCUUGCGAGCAUCGCGGCAACGUACUUCUAUGGGGUGGGUCAAGUGGUGGUCUUCAAUACGGUCCAAAACUAUUACAUUGAUUCGUUCUCGACGUACGCUGCCUCAGCCAUUGCAGGAGGGUCUGUAUUUCGGAGUCUGGUAGGCGGUGGGGUGCCACUGGUGGCGCCGCUCCUGUUCGAAAAGCUGGGCUAUGGAUGGGGGAUCAGCUGCUUCGGGUUUCUUGCGGUCUUGAUAGCGCCGAGUCCGCUAUUGUUUUAUUAUUUCGGCGGGCGGGUAAGGGAAAGGUUUCAGAUCACAUUUUGA